AGAAGUUUGAAGAACAACACCAAAGAGUUAUUCUGUGGAGGGAGAGACUGAACGUCUCGAGCAUCGAACAUGUUUGUUCUCAUCUGGUCGGCUUUGUUUGUCUCUGUAAAAGGCAGCAUUGCUGACACAGGUUUGAAACUUCUCCUUUACUGUGCCUCAGCCUGGGGACAACAACACUGUGUUGGAAGAUACUGUGUUACUCUGAGUGAGCGAGAACUAACAGCAGAGGCUGGACUCUGUGUUGUGAUCCCGUGUUCUUUCACUACUGCUGAUGAGUUUACACCCAAACAUACAAUUUGGUACAAAUGUGAAACAUCUCAAACAAGAUGUAGUGACGAUGAAAUAAUAUUUCACAGCAACAAAAACACAGACAAAAAAGCCCAGCCUGGGUUUGAAGGACGAGUGUCACGUUUGGAGCCUGAUGUGAGUCAGAAAAACUGCAGCAUCAUCAUUAAUGAUCUCAAAGAGUCUGAUUCUGGAUCAUAUCAGCUCAGAGUUACUGGUGAACUGAAUGGAAAACAAGAUGGACUCACAUUCAUUCAGAGAGUAACUGUCUCUGUUAAAGGUCUUAAUCAGAAGCCCACAGUAAUGAUUCCCACACUGACAGAGGGACAGCAGGCCACACUGACCUGCACUGCUCCUGGUCUCUGCUCUGGAUCUGUUCCUGAAAUCACCUGGACAUGGAGAGGAGCAGGAGGGACUGAAUCUUACAUUACAGGAAACAGCACUGAUUUCAAGACUGAGAAUCUGACUGCUUUCACACAAAGACACAUCUCAACCUUCACCUUCAAUCCUUCAGCUGAGCACCACGACACUAGCGUCACCUGCAAUAUCAACUUCACAGGUGGAGAAAGUACAGAGAAGACUUUGACUGUAAAUGUGAACCAUAAGAAAGAAAUUACAAUCAGUGGUGUUACAACUGUUAAGGAGGGAGAUGUUCUGAAUCUGACCUGCAGUGUUGAAAGUUUCCCUCCAUCUCUGAUUGAGUGGUCUAAAUUUGGUUCUGACACAAACCUGCACAGUUAUUCUGGAUCAGCCAGGCUUGUCAUUGAGAAUGUGAAACCAGAACAUUCUGGACAGCACAUCUGUGCAGUUACAUAUAUGAACAAUACCCUGAAGAAGGAUGUCAGUAUCACAGUGAUAUCAGCCUGUGUGAAACAUUGUGGUUCUUACAGUACAGUUCUUCCCUGGAUUGUUGCUGGUGUAUCUCUCACUUUGAAUGCCUUCUGCAUAAUCUACAUAUGGUUCCUUUGGAAUUCAAGAAAAAAGGUGAACCUACCUCAGGAGGAGAGAACCUACAUGUCACUGCAAAAAGUGGAUGUGUCAUCAGAUUAUGAUGUUAUUGCACAACAUAUAAACUGAAAAGUCAGGUUUCAGAUAGCUGUGUGAUUGUAAUGGCAGCAUGUUGUCAAUACUUUGAUGAUGUAAUUAAUUUAGUUUCAUUGUCUUUAUUAAAGCAGAUACUCUUGUAACCCAGUUCCUAAAAUCAUUUCAAACAAAAGAGAAGAAAAAGUAAAACAUUUUAUGUUCAUUGUUCCUGUUCUUACUGUCCUUGUUUAAUGAAAGUGAAACGAGAUCAAAAUAUUUAUUUAAACAUAGAAGGGACGCAGAUUAUAUAUGAUAUGCUCUGGUCAAACAAGGGUUAAGUUUCUCCGAGGGUUGAUGAGCUCUGAUGAGAGCCUAUUGUUUUACUCCACUCCUCUAAUGUCAGCCAAUCGGUGAAGCUCUAGGCAGCUCUUGUCCCUCCUUAGUGCCAGCGCCCAAGUUUUCAGUCUCUUGCUUCUACAGCCGAACAGAGCAGGCAGACUAAAACUUUGUUAUCGAGGGCAGAGCGAAACCGGAAGGUUUACUGAGCUGUGGCUGCACGUAAACGCUGAGCAUCCACUCGACGGCGGUCAGGUUUUUAUAUGGGACGAAUCCAAAGACCAGGUCAGCGAUUCCAGAACCCAGAGUGUUCCAGUGUUCACUGGAUGGCGAGCCAACCCAAGAUCCUAGGAGACGAUAUACAUACACACGCACACUCAUUUGCACAUUGAUGGACUACAAUCCUCUACUGUACAAGUAGUACGGUAGGACAGACAAUCACACACACACUCCUCAUUGGACGGACUCUAAUGCAAUACACCCGUUUGUCAUGGGCCCCACCGGUACCAUUUGGACUUAAAAGACUAAUUCUUUUACUUGUGCACAAUUUUAUUUUAUUCUAUUGUUUUGCUACUUUGGGGGAAAUUUUUAUACUUGAAGUUCUGUUAAAACCUGUUGUAAUACUGUGUGGUUACAAAAUUUCUUUUAAAAGGCUUAACCUCACUAAAGUACUUUUAAGCCACACAACUGUGUUUGUCUGGUUUCUCUACCAUUCAUGUACCAGAGCUCUAAGAGCCGUUCUUAAUCUUCUGAUACUAGCCCAAAUUGCUCAUUACCUUGGUAAUUAUCCAUUGGUACUGUAUAUAACUCCACGUAAGUGCUACACUCUGGUAUUAGAAAUUUUAAUUCAAAUUAUCUAUUAAAUUAAAGCUUAAUAUUUGUUAAUUAGUUUUUACAUUGCAUUGUAAAUAAAUGAGAUUUUUUUUACAUGUAAUAUAUUACACUUUCUAUUUCAAUUUAUACAUAGAGUUUAAUAAAAUUGUUCAACUGUCUACAGCUGCAAAUCAAGCUUUUAUUGUUCUUUUCUCUUAUCUUUGGAAGUUUAGCAGGUUGUAGCUAACAAGCCUACAAUUAUUUUACCUUUUUAUCGAUCAGAUCAAUUCACUAACUCUCUGUGGUCAGCCAGUUACAGCAGUUUUUCUACUGUUCCUCUUUGCUAUUGUUGUAAAAUGUAGCAUGGUGGACUAAUUGACAGAAUCUCCCAUAAAACAUUGGGUUAGGAAUAUUUUCCUGUUCAGUUAUUGCAUGCAUUUGUUUUUGUUUUUGUUUGUGAAAGAUAUAAGCCACACGAAUGUGGGAGUGGAGAUUUCAGUCUAGUCCAGCUGCCAGCUAUUUGGAGUUGAGUACUGGGAAUAGUUGACUGGUGUAGAUUGUGGCCCUUCUCUGCAAAAGGUAGAGAAAGGAGGAAGAAGAGACGUUGUACGACACAGUUGCAGCUGGUUGCAGCAGCAGACUCCAGUGAGAGAAACUGAUAAUAGAUUUAACAUGGCCUGAAUGGUUUUGCUUUCAUAAUAAUUACAUUUUACCAGAAGGAGGAUUCGUUUUAAUUAGGAUUUAUGUGGAUUUGUUUUCACAGGACUGAAUAGGAACCUAUUAGUUUGCUGGACCUGUGUAUUAUGGAAGUUUCAGGAGGAAACGGUUUUGAGGCCCACUUCUUAACACCAUACUUGCAGUUUCAGCAUGCUAUUUUAUAGUACUCAUGAGUGAAACGUCAACAAAACUAUUGAGUUUUUCAGAAGGAUUGUUGCAAAAAAGAAAUGAUCAACUAAACACAAAUUUCCUCUUUUUUUGCACGAAGUAUCCAAACUUAGGUAGCUGAUGGACACAGAUCAACUAGCGUUUCAUCGGAUCCACACUUCAGACGUCUGCCAGCUGCAGUCUCUGUACAGCACUGCAGGUCUGAUCCGGACAGCAACAGAUUUGAGAUUUCUCACAGGUAAUCACAGUAUUAUUGCUUUUUAUUAUGAUUCGAUUGCAUUUAAGUGUCAAUUUGACACCAUUCAAGUGAAGCAGACUGCCUCUAACUUUAAAUAUCAAAAUAUCCAACACCAAACUAAAGCUUACAGUAAGUCUGUUACUUACAAAGUGAGAACAGGAAGUUAUCUGCUGUCACAUGUGGUCAUGUUUGAGUAACGUCAUUUCAUGUGAUAUGUUUUUGAUAUUAGUUGACAGAGUAUUUAUCAAUAAUAAAGAUUUUCUUUUCUAUUAUUUACUUGGUUUAAAUCCUCUUGAGAACUGUUACGUUUCCCUAAAAAGGUGCAGGGGAUGAGGGAAAGUAACAAAAGGUGUCCAGGUUGAAAAAAGGAGACAGGGAAGCAAAAUGGUUAAAUUAACAGGUAUUUAUUAAUGUUUCUAUUAAUAACUAAACAAAGAGAGAUGGACGAGCUGCUAUCACCUUUUAAUGAAAGAAAACUCAGGUGUUGGUCAGUAAACUGAAAAGUAAGUACAAAAAGGAUUAGUCACCAAACACACACUCCUCUCCACAGAGCAGGAGCAAUCAAUCACCAUGUAUACCUCAUGUACAGUGGACACAUGUGUGACUCUUGUGAUUAAAGCAUCUUUCUUUCAGCUUAACGAGUGAACCGUCAGCUCGUUCAAACACACGUUAAAGUCCGUUUGGCUCGACACCA